UUCUGCAGGCAAGUAGCUUUGCUGUUGCCACUUUUGAGCAUGGAAAGCAUGGCAUUGCAUCGUGUGUGUGGAAUAUUUGUAAUCCUCAGUGUAUGUUUCAUUUCCAUCACACCACCUUGUGAUGGAGGAAACAUUCUAGUGUUCCCUGUGGACGGCAGCCACUGGAUCAAUAUGAAGAUCCUCAUGGAAGAACUUCAUGCCAGUGGACACAACCUCACUGUGAUUAGGGCCUCCACCACCUGGUACAUCCCAGAAAAGUCUCCUUUCUACACAUCCAUUACCAUUGAAAUGAAUACAGGUUUCGAGAACUUCUUUGAUAUCUACCUACAGGAGCAUAUGAAGGUGCAGAGAGAAGGGGCCUCAGCACUUACUUUCUUCAAACUCACCAAGCAGUUCCUCGCUAUGAUUUCUGAGGCUCAUGAAAUUUGGGCUGAUGCUCUCACUCAAGUCUUUGAUGAUGAAAAUAUGAUCAAAAGCUUAAAGGAUUCCCAAUAUGAUCUUGUUCUCACUGACCCAGCUAUAGCACCAGGGGUUAUACUAGCUAAGUAUCUCAAACUACCUGUUGUGCUCAACGUUCGCUGGAUUACCAGCGGAGAAGGCCACUUCACCAUGGCCCCCUCACCGCUCUCUUACAUCCCUGUCCCAGGAUCGGGCUUAACAGACAAAAUGAAUUUCAUCCAGAGGGUCAAGAACAUGCUCUUCUACAGCAUUAUAGUUGUCCAGCAGAAAUUCCUGGUGGGGCCGAGCUAUGAUGCCAUCUGUGCUAAAUACAUUGAGGGUGGAUGCGACAUUAUCUCGCUUCUUCAGGAAGCAGACAUUUGGCUGUUCAGGUCAGAUUUUGUGUUUGAAUUCCCUCGGCCCACAAUGCCAAAUAUUGUCUACAUAGGAGGGUUCCAGUGCAAACCGGCCCAACCUCUGCCAGCAGAUCUGGAGGAGUUUGUUCAGAGUGCUGGGGAGCACGGAGUCAUCAUCAUGACUCUGGGAACUUUGGUGAACGCGUUGCCCAAAGACCUUGCAGAUGAAAUCGCUGGUGUCUUUGCCAAGAUGCCUCAGAAGGUGAUAUGGAGGCACAAAGGGGAGUGUCCGUCUACUCUGGGCAACAACACCCUGAUAGUGGACUGGAUGCCACAGAAGGACCUCCUGGGCCACCCGCAGAUCAAAGUCUUUGUAGCUCACGGAGGAACCAAUGGAGUCCAGGAGGCCAUUUACCACGGGGUCCCUGUGCUCGGCAUACCCUUGUUCUUUGACCAGUACGACAACCUUCUACGUAUGCAGGAGAGAGGAGCCGCGAAGAUCAUUGAGCUAAGUGAUGUUAAUGGCCACAGUUUUGAGCAAGGUAUUAAAGAAGUGCUCCAUCAAGACAGCUACAGACAGAACAUACAAAGACUGUCCCGCUUGCACAGAGAUCAGCUGAUGGCUCCCAUGGAUCAGGCCAUCUUCUGGGUGGAAUAUGUGAUGCGCCAUAAAGGGGCUCCUCACCUGCGUACAGAGGCCUAUAAGAUGCCCUGGUACUCGUACUACUGCUUGGAUGUACUGCUACUAUUGCUGACUGUAGUGACUGUACUGCUGCUCUCUACUUUGGCCUUUUUCAGAUUCCUAUGCUGCAGAGGUAGAAGGAUAACCAAAGCCAAACAGCACUGAUUAAGGUUAAAUUUGUUUAGAAGUUAGCAUACUUCUAAACAACAAUAAAUUCUACAAUAAAUGCUACAAUAAAUUCUCUAAAACACUGUAUUUAGACAAAAACAUACAUCUCAAGGUAUCUCAUUUAUAUCUAUUUAUUAUUUAUGGAGAGAUGAAAAUUAGUCAGUUUAUUUAGCCAUAUUAAAUUUAGAUAUGGUUAAAGAAAUGUAACCAUUUAACUAUUUCAACAUUGAUUGUCAAACGUAUUUAGUGAGAUCUAAAUUUCAGUCAUAAAAUACCCACAAAUCAUUUGUGAUAGUCUGAUCGUUGGAUAGUCAUUGUCAAGUGCACAUAAUGGACUUUAUAAAAACGGAUAUAAGCAAUGCUGUGCAUGACCAUACAAAAGUUCAUUGAACAUGCUCAUAUUUUUGGUGAACUAUGACCUGAAUGCAUUAGUUUGCAACUUAUGAAUCUGAAUUCGAGCAUCAGUUAAUGGCACUCAUUUUACAGCACCCAAGGAUGGUGACACGACACCGGCAUGGCUAGUACUAAUGUAUGGGGCUAUUAUGGUAGCAAAAUAGCUGCAAAUGUGUAUCUCAAUCUGUGUGUGCGUAUUCAGAUUUGUACAUGUGUAAAAUAAUUUGU